AUGAUCGGCGCCAGGCCACCACCAGCAGCGCGCCGGUCCGUGAAGAAGCGCGAUGGCCGGCGCGCGGACGGCCUUGGUCUCGUGCCGCAGUGGGACGCUUCGGCCCCGACGGUGCUCUUCCCGUCCAUCUCGACGCCACGCAAGGCCGAGUCGCCGCGCUGUACGUCGUCACAGCAGCCGCGCUCGACCGUCACACCACGCGCCGCAGACGCGCGUCAGCCUUAUUCACUAAACACACAGAACCUCAAGCAUCCGCUACCGCAGCGGCCAGCCAGCCAAGGAUCGGCGUCGCCACGGCCGUUGGGCUUGAGCCGCGACGAGACAGCCAAGUACCAGUUUCUGCCACGGAAGCCCACGACGAUAGCGAGCCCGCCAAGCACACCGCGCACGCGAAACCGCCCAACGCCAUGUCAGACGCAAGAGACGUGGGUAUCGUCACUCGUCGUGCCAGUGAAUGCUGCCGUCGAGACCAUCGAAGCGUUCGCAGGACCCAAUAGGACGCUCGGCGAGACGAGCCACGCCGGCGUGUUGCACCUCUUUCUCGAAGACUGGCUCGAGCGCUUCGAGUCGGAGGACAUCAACUACCGCUCCAUCGUCGUGCAUGCCCAAGUCGGUUUUACCGAAAUCCAACGGCUCACAUGCCACAUGAGCCUCCCGAACGACGUCAUGGCCACCUUUUGCUGCAUGCUCCUCGACCGGCUCGCACACUACUUUGGCCCGUACGAAGGCCUCUUGACGCUCUUGAGCAGCGAAGUGCAGCGCACGAUGUACGUGCGUCCGUCGACAGGGCGCAAGCUCUUCCACGAGACAACGUACUUUACAGCCGUCAAGCAAGCGCAGGGCGACGUCAAGAGCCGCAUCGACCGGCGACGGCGCUGCCUGACGCGCAACCUGUUUCUCGAAAAGGAGCUCGUGCACGCGCAGCAGACGCUCGAGUCAGCGCUGCAAGACUGGAGCGACGAGGUCGUCAAGUCGUGCUUGUACGCGUGGUACGAGACGUCCGUCGUGCGCAAGAAGGUCUUGGCCAAGAACCUGCGCUGGUUCUCCAUGUGGUUUUCGGGCUCGCCGCGCACGCUGGUGGCGUCGACGUUUGAAGACUGGCGGCGCUUUGUCCUCGUUAGCACAAGCCUUCGCAUUACGCAAAAGCUCCAGGAAGAUUGCGACAAGGUCGCCAUCGCUCAAAAGAACGUGACCGAGCUCUCCGAGACCAACGUCGCGCUUCAAGACGAGUACGACCGCUUGCGCGAAGAGAACCGGCUGCUUCUCGAGUCGAUUCAAGCAUUCACAACACACAUCGAGCAUGCCAAAGUGUUUCUCAAGACCACGCCGUCGCGCGAAGAAAGCGUGUGCUUUGACGGACAGCUGCGCAUGGAAGUCGUCGCGGAGAUUGCGCACUACGUCUUCGAGUCGCUCUUACGACUGCAGUACAACACGGGCUUCCACCAACCCACCUUGUUUGCGGUGACGCCGGACUCGUACUGUCUCGAGGAGCUUGCGGCCUUUGCGCUUGGCAAGACGCAGCCGAGUGACUUUCCGACGGUCCAGGAUAUGACAGCGGACGACAUGUUCAGUCUCGUCGCUGGCGUCCACCACGCGUGCGUGAACCGCGCCAACUGUCUCGUCUUUUGCUCCAUGCAGCCAAUGACGCCGUCCACGGUCGACACGAUGUAUGCGAUGGUGCGCGAUUGGCAGCGACAGGUUGAGCACUACGCGGCGACGUCGACGCUGUACUACGCGCGGCACUUUGAGGACCACGAGGCAUCCGUGGCCCCGCCGUCGCAAGCGGCGGUCGCCAAAAUGCGUUCGUCGCAGGCCCAGUCGAAACCCGUCUUGGCCGACAUGGCGACGGUGCACGCGCAGUCGCAGCUGACGCUACUUCAGACAAUUGUACCCGACGACGUCAAGGCGGACUUUGGACUGCACUGGCGGUACCUCGUCCUCGGCCGCCUCUUUAUGGAGCUCAGCGCCCUUCUCUUUGACCCGUGCGAGAUGAACCCGUACUUCCGGAACGCUUGCAUCUCGCUUGCGAUACGAGACAUCGAGAUGGCUCGCCUUGCGCAGCUCCAGACAGCGUGCGACGGCGAACUGCCGCCGUUGCAGCGCCGCCUCACUAUAUCCGAAGAGCUGACGCAAGAGCCCAAGCCACUGCCUGCGCUGGCCGCCGACUGCAUCGCCGACAGCUACCGGAUAUGGCACGACGUCUGUGCCGACCUCAUGGCUGGUGGUGUCGUGCAGAGCAGUGCGUCCGAGCUCCACCACGACACGAGCGAGAUGGUGCUGCCGUCGUCCGAGAAGCGCGCCUCCAAGAAGAUGUCGAUCACGUCGCUGAGCCACAUGCCAACGAUGCGCCUACCAAAGCGACUACCACAAGCCGACCACUGCGAACCUCAACCCACGAGCAUUUACAUCACGGGCUCGUCUGCCGCGAGCAAGAAGUUUGGCGACUUUGUCUCGGCCAAGCUCCACGUCGUGCCCAAGGAGCCCGUGCACGACCUCAAUCGCACCGUCCAGACGCUGCAUGCGACGCUUUUGGCGAUCCAGAGCAAGGGCCAAGAGGUCCGCGCCAUGCACGCUGCGGUGCCCCAUGCGCGGGCGUCGAAUUGGGGCCACGCGAGCGCUCUUGUCGCGCAGAAAGAACACGCCAAGCUGGCCUCGCGCCGGGCGACCGUGGCGGUCGUUGUCGACGUCCGCCCGAGCUUGCACACAGCGAUUAGCUGGGAGACGCCAGGGAUAGCGGCGCUGCUCCAAGACGAGACCGAUCCGUCGCCCGAGAUGGUCUCUGUCCGUGCCCUCUUCCAAGAGCACGAGCGCGCAUUCCGCGCCAUGUACACAACCCCCAGCAACGACACUCUCUCCCACGCGCUCUCGCUCGACGAGCUCUGGCGCGUUCUCAAGCGCAUGCGGCUGACGACCAAAGUCGUGCCGGUCCCCAAGGACGACGAGACGCAACACAUCCCGGUCGUCGACUUGGCCGAAAUUGUCCUCCGCAUCUGCAACGAGCAGUUUGGCGAGCUCUACCGGCUCUCGCGGCGCGUCGAGCUGUUCAUUUCGUUGCACUUGUGCCAUGCUGUCGAGGUGCGGUCGCCGCUUCGAGACCUCACGGCGACGCCGCAAGUCCGCUCGACGCUAACGGACCACAAGGAUGUGCUCUUUGGCAUCUUCAAAGCGUACGCGGUCAAGCUGAAAGGCAAGGACAAAGGCGCCGUGCCGCAGCACCUCACCAAGCGCGAGUGGUCGCUCUUCCUCCGCGAGUACGGACUCUGGACACCGCGGCUCUCGAUCGAGCUCGCGAACGCACUCUUCCUCAACGUGCAAGAUGGCGCACUGGACGAAGCAGAGGUGUCGGCCAAUAUGCUCUACUCGGAGUUUUGCGAGGCCGUUGUCGGGCUCGCUGGCUACGCGCUGCCCGACCCGUUCAUCGACUGGCCCGUCAAGACCGCGCUCUUCAUCAAGCGCUACUUCAUCGACAAAGCAUCGGGCAAGUCGUAGCGCUGAGUGUUUAAUGGCAAGGCAGUAGUUUCGUCUGGC